ACAAUGUUACUUUUGGAACCAGGAGAAAUAUUUUUUGAAGACUAUAGUGUUCAAAUGAAAAUGGUUGAUACUUCUACUGCAGAUAAACAAAAUUGGAUAGAUGGAAGAUUAAAGUUAUGUUCAAAAUCUUUAGUAUUUGUAAGUAAGGAUAUUAAUCAGCCUUUAAUUAAAAUUCAACUCAAAGAGACUAUAGAUAUUGAUCAAUGUGAAUCUAACAGCGAUACAGCAAAAUCUAAUAAUAUAUUAUUGGUCCAAUGUAAACAAUAUGUGGAGAUGUUAGAAAAAAAUAUACUUGCACCAUAUAAAUUUAUACACCAGACUGCCACAUUUCACUUCUACUUUAAUUAUGCAAAAGUAAAUGAACGUCUUCCACAAAUUUUACAAUUACUCAGAGCAGCUACUUUACCAACUGCAGAACAAAAUGUUAUGAUUAUGGCUAUUGUGCUCUCCCGACAAUCUAGAGUAUCAUUUGAUACAUCAUGGUUGGAGAAUUUAUAUGAACAAGUUGUGUUAGAAACUCAAGCAAAUAAAGUGUUACCUCUUGUGAUAAAUCCGGGAAGAAUACUUUUAACAACAUCAAGAAUUUAUUUUCAACCUUAUAAUAAUUUGGAUCAAUACCCAGUUCUAAAAAUACAAUUAAAGGAUAUUAUUAAUAUUAUUAAAAGAAGGUUUCUUUUAAGACAAACUGGACUCGAGAUUAAAUGGUUAAAGCAACCAGAAAAUAAAGUUGAACAUUUAUUUAUAUCAUUGAAAAGUCAAAAUGAUAGGGAUGAAUUAUACACAAGUUUAUUAAAUCAAGCCGCAGUUUCUUUAGAAAGAGUACCUCAAGAUCAAAUGACAUUAAGAUGGCAAAAUGGUUCUUUGUCAAAUUAUGAUUAUCUUUUAUACAUUAACAGUUUGGCAGAUAGAACUUUUCAUGAUUUAACUCAAUAUCCAGUUAUGCCAUGGGUAAUACAAGAUUACACAUCCCCUAAAUUGGAUCUAAAUGAUCCCAGUAUUUAUAGAGAUCUUUCAAAACCUAUUGGAGCUCUUGAAAAAAGUCGAUUAGAAAGAUUAAAGGAACGGUAUUUGGAAAUGUCAGAACCAAAAUUUUUAUAUGGUUCUCAUUAUAGUGCACCAGGAUUUGUAUUAUUUUAUUUAGUACGAAAGUUCCCUCAGUACAUGCUUUGUUUACAAAAUGGAAGAUUUGAUCAUCCAGACAGGAUGUUCAAUAGUGUAGCUGACGUAUGGAAAAAUGUUUUGGUGAACAUGUCUGACUUUAAAGAGCUGAUCCCAGAAUUUUAUGACACAAACAAUGGUGGUGAUUUUUUAGUAAAUAGUUAUGGUAUUGAUUUUGGUUAUCGACAUGAUGGUACAAAAAUAGGAGAUGUACAAUUACCACCAUGGGCAAAUGGACCGACUCAUUUCGUACAAGUGUUAAGAAACGCUUUAGAGAACGAUUUUGUUUCUCAAAAUCUUCAUCAUUGGAUUGACUUAAUUUUCGGAUAUAAGCAAAGAGGAAUUGAAGCAGAGAAAGCUAACAAUGUAUUUUUCCAUUUAUGCUAUGAAGGAGCAGUAGACCUAGAUACUAUUCGAGAUAUUAAUGAAAGGCAUGGUUUAGAGAUACAAAUUAUGGAAUUUGGUCAAAUACCAAAGCAAGUUUUUACUUUACCACAUCCUAAACGUACUGUAUCCAUUCUGGAUAAAUUGUGUACUGAAACGAUUUUAAUGUCGAUUAAAAGUGAAACAGAAGACAGAGAAGAUACCAUACAGAAGAUUUUCGAAUUACAUGAAUUAAUAAUAUUUCAAUCUCAUAAAGAAAGUGUAAGUAGCAUUACUGUACCAGAUAAGGAAGAAAUUGAUGAAGUAAUAUCUGUUGGACAAGAUGGAAUGCUUAAGUUAUACAGUAUUAAAAAUAAAAAACUAACUCGAAGUGUGUCUUUGUCGUCAUUACCACUUUCCUCUUGUGUAUCAUAUUAUACGUCUUCUCACCGCAAUGUAUUAGUUGCCGGUUCCUGGGACAAUUCAUGUAAGCAUGUGAAAUAUAUGUAUAUACUUUUUUACUUUCCUAUUAAAUUUGGUAAAGUAAUAGAUGUACUACAAGGACAUGAAGAUGCUGUGUCUUGCUUGGCAUUAAGUAUUACUCGACAGAUUAUUAUCUCUGGUUCAUGGGAUUGUACAGCAAAAAUUUGGAAAUGUUAUACAUCUGGGACAAAAAUUAAACCAGCUGAAUACUUUAUUGUACAAUUAGAUCAUGAUUCUAAAGUAACUUGCAUCAAUAUAUCACGAGAUGAAACUUUAUUGGUAUCUGGUACAGAAGAUGGGGAAAUUUUUUUAUGGAAUAUGGAUACUUAUAAUUUACAAUUUACUGUAAAAGCACAUAGUUGUAAAAUAAAUUCAAUGGUAUUUGAUCAAGAAGGAAGAAGUAUAAUAUCAUGUGCAGAGGACAAGGUAUUAAAUAUAAUCGAUGUUCAUACAAGCACUCAAACUUAUCGUACAUCCAUCGAACAUGAACCUUUAACGCUAGUAUGGUUCGAUACCUUUUUAUUGGUAGGAGAUAACAAUGGAAAUAUUAAUGUAUGGAACCAUCAAGGUGCAGUUUUUAUUUCACAGAUACAUUGCCAUGAUGGACCAAUUAAUGCGUUAUCAGUAUCAAAACAAAAUAAUGUAGUUUUAACUGGUGGAAAAGAUAGGAAGAUAAUCGUAUGGGACUAUAAAAAAAUGUGA